AUGGGUAUAUAUUCAUCUAAUGCCGAUCACAACGAUAAGAUCGUCGUUGGGCCAUACGAUGAUUCGAGGUAUACAGCAUCGUCUGGCUUGAGCUAUGCCCGACAACCUUCAACACAACCUGCGAGUUCUACCUCACAAUUAGUUUCUUCACCUCUUCUCUCGCCGCCUGUUGCCAGGGUAUCGCCUGGUCCUUCGAGCCCGCGCAGCCGCAGCCCAGCAAGUCCUCGAAGCUUUCAGUCUCUCGACAGCCCCUCCAGUACUGGAUUCCCUCUUAGUCCUUUCUAUCCGCCAUCACAAGAGAAUCAGUUCCUUAACUCUCCAGUCAGCGAUGGGUUCUACUCGCAGCGCAUGUCGGGCGCAACUGAUCCCCGAUUCGCGACAAAAGCCCCCAACAUGAUGGAGAUGGUUCUUGAGACGCCUUACUUCGACACCCCACCUCAUACUCCAGGUGAUACAAGUUUUCGAAGCACUGAUGUUCUUGAACCAACCGAAGUUCCGCUCAACAAUGGCUGGAGACCUUGGUGGUUGCGUCGAAGAGUUGUCAGCAUCUUUAUGGGAGUGUGCAUAAUGCUGGGUGUCAUCGGCGAGGUGGUGAUGUGGUGGCUCUCCCAAAAAGACGUCGAUAGCAAUCUCAAGGGUCUCUGGACUUUUGGGCCCGUUGUAGUUGUUUCAAUCGUGGCUAUACUAUGGGCUAGAGUAGAAGCUCAAGCAUUAUUGUAUAUGCCGUGGAUCGUCCUCGACCGGAAACCAACGACUGUUGACGAAACUCGACGCAAGCAAAGUCAUCGGACUAUUCUACUGGACUAUCACAGCCUUGGGAGUUUCCAAGCACUAAACGCAGCAUUCCAUAAUCGCCAUCACCUUGUGGUUGCAGCUAUUGCCAUCAAAUUCCUUCUUCGCGCUCAGAUCGUUCUGUCGACUGCCGUCUUUCAUGCUGAGAUCCACGUCGAUGGUACUUCUUUACUCCGUGCCCGGUUAGGUGUCCUCCAUGCUAUGGCAGGCACUUUUCUCAUCAUCUCUAUGGCUCUUCUUCCUAUGUUGUACCAUGCUCCCUCACCUCGUGGAAUUGCACCGCGAGAUCCCACAUCCCCUGCUGGAACUGCGACACUUCUCACAAGCAGCCAUCAAUUUCUCACCCGACUAUCGAAUACAGGACAUGCAAACAUGGACACUGUUGCUGCCAGGCUCGCAGGAUCAUGGUAUACAACGGAGCUCACGCAACCUGGACGUCGACCAGAAGAGAUGUUUCAGCUGAGGCAGCAUGGUGGAGGCAGUGGCCCUCUGUGUAUGAACCCUCCUAAUGUAUCGCCGGAUACAAUUGCGACUUAUCGACCAUGGACCCAGGGCACUCGUGCCAAGAUCAUCAGCAUUGUUGCCUCUGUCGUGUUGAUUGUUGGUGUAUGCGUCAUCUUUGGUCUGAAGGGCAAAGGUGAAGGCUUGGAUGUCGAUGAUAGUAUUUUCGUUGUCUGGACUUGCAUACCUACCAUCAUCUUCGCUGCUAUUGCUGUAUUCUGGACUCGUAUCGACAUCGACAACCGACGCCUGGCCCCUUUUUUGAAGCUCACUACUACCAAGCAUCGUUUUCAGGAGUCCCUAGGACUAUCCUACAUGAACGAAUUUGGCCUCCAUACAGCUGGAAAAGCUAUGAAGACACAGGACUGGGCAGUCUUUCUUGCCAAAUGCACGGCCAUGCUUGGCUGGUUAAUGCCAAUUUUUACUGCAGGACUGUUUGCCGUUUCUCAAGUUGCGCAAACGGCCAACCUUGAGCUUCGACCAGAAACAACUUUUGCUUCUACAAGCAAGUCGUUGAGUUCCGCUGUUGAUGGCGACAUAAUCGACCAGGUCCUCAUACAGCAGACACCGAAGUACCCGAGAUGGACUUGGGAAGACGUGGCCCUUCCAGAGCUUUCUUUAGUGAGCCACCCCAGCUCGUGGCCACUCCCAAAUACUGAACUCGUGGCUAAAGUUCCCGGCCUCAGAAGUAAACUCAAUUGCGAGACCGUAUCUUUUGAUCAAGGAGAGGGCGCAGAUUUGCAAUGUGUACCUUUGAGGGGAUCGAAGAAACAAAGCAUUUGUGGCGCGGACCAAUCUCGCACUGCACUUGUUGCUUCAUCCUGCUCACAACUUCCUUCCUCGUACCCAAUCAAGUAUGUUUGGGGUAGCUGUGCUGGUGAUGGGUUGAUAUCGGUCAUGAUGUGCAAUCAAUCACUUGUUGAGGUAACCGUUGACACAACGUUUCGCACCGAGGAUUUGUAUAUCAACACAAACGAAAUCCCCAUCGUCAAUGCAUCAAGCGAGCAGCCGUCAAAUGUUAAAGCAGAUAUCACAAGCGUUUAUGCAGCAUUUGAUGAUGUUGGUGCUGAUGACAAAAAGUUGAUAGGACUAGACGGCUUCUUUCGCACUUUAGUGCUUUCAAGGCUACCAACUACACUAGAGCGCAUUGUCAUGCCCGAGAGACAAAAUUCCGUCUCCCAGGCAAUCCGCCAACUUCAUGGGAUUAUAGCUGCGCAAGCCAUCAACGGGGAAUUGAUACGACGCCCCUUGGCCAACAAGCUUCGUAUUCGUGAUGAUUCUCAACCAAUCAUCCCAGCACAUGUCGACUAUGUUAUCCCACGUUUGAUGCAGGGCAAUGUGCAAACUUUUGUCCUCAUUGGCCUACUUGUAUUUACACUUUUGUUUGGAUUGUUGUCUCUCCGCACAGCAUCGCGUGGUACUCUGCCAAAAAGCCCUGGAAGCAUCGCCGCUCAAGCAAGUCUCCUCGCAGACUCGUCCUUGUGGUGGCGCCUCCCAGACGGAGCUGAAUGGAUGGAAGAUGAUGACUUGGCACGAUGCCUGCGCCGAAAGACCUUCCAUCUUGGAUGGAGUCAAGGGGCUUCAGGAAACCAAACCUACGGCAUUUAUAUCGUGCAAGAUGAAGGCAAGGCCGCACGACCAACCGGCGCAUCGCAAACAACCGCCGAUAAUAGUGAAGGAUCAAAAGGCGUCCGAUACAUCAGCAUGGCGCCUGGUGUAUACUCAUACAAUGACAUAAAAUCAUGA